AUGCCGGUGAAUGAGUCAGCUUUGCGAGGCUACGACCACCUCCAGAACCUGCACCUCCUUUUUGCGGUCGGGGACCGUGGCUUUCUGGCUGGCACGAUAGCAAUGUCUGAAAAGGCAGAGGCUUACGGCAAUCUACGGCAUACGGACUUUCACAGCCUACUGAACCUUCAGCAGCGUCCAAGAGACUUCUCGGCUCCAACAAAGAAGACGUCUGCAAGCGUCCUACACAAGGGCCUCAAGUCUAGACCUAGGCUGGGCAGCGUGGCCAUUGGCUCCUCAGAAGGCUUCUCCAGUGGGGCGGCACUUGGAGCAACAGCCUCGUUCGCGCCCUCCGAGAGCUGUGAGACUGCUUUGGCUUCGGGCGAAGCCGGCGAGCGAAUACCGGUCGCGAAAAGUUAUUUCCUCUUCUUCGAGACCGGCUGUGCCAAGCACAAGUGCAUACGGUCUGAGCGCUUGGAGGUCCAGUCCGUGUUCAAAGUCUACGGAGACUACAGUGCAAAGGUAUGGCUGAUUACUGGUCUGGCCUUUGCCUGGGGGACCUUGCUGCUGACGGCAUUGCAGGUAAGGCAGUGGAUGACACCGGUCUUUGGUUUGCUGCAGCCGGAUCGCGGUCACUCUAUCGCUCGGCUUACUGCAGUGGUACUGCUGCUGCCAGCGACAUAUGGCGUUUGCGCAGCUGGGGCUCUCAGGGUCAUCACCACGAACCGGGAGGACACCUGGACAGCAGAAGCCUUGAUGGACGUGGCAGAACUCUUCUCCGCGAUUGCGCUGUACUCUUUCCAGCGGCUGCUCAUUGUUUACGUGGAUGUUCUCCAUGCUGAUUCGCCCAAGGCAGCUGUGAAGGCUGAGCCAGACCAAAUCCGCCAUAGCUUUCAGAAGGUCAUGUCGGUGGGCAUCCAGCAGUAUGUCGUGCUGCAGUUUGCGUGCAACUCUAUCCUCGUGGCGGUGAAGGCUUGGGAUUGGGUGCAUCCCAGCUCCUGCGAGGAUGCUCUGCAAGGCAUGAUGGGCUAUGUCUUUCCCCGGCACAACAUCAGCCUGGCAGUCAACGAAGCAAAGCUGCGGGACACCAUCCAUACCAGGACCAGCUCUUUGGCAUGCGAGGACGUCUGGAAUGCCAUCUCCCUACUCAUGGUGGUGGCAGACUUCUUUACUUGCAGCAUUGCUCUCUUUGCGGUACUGCAGUACGAACACGCUUUCAGCGAUGCUCUGCGACCAGUUCGACCCUUCUGGAAGUUCUGGGGCGUCAAGGGGCUGCUGUCAGUGAACUUCAUGCAGACAAGCAUUCUGACGGCUCCUUGCUUGCGCUUUAGGGUUUAG